AAUUCAUAUACCCAUUCACCGUUUAAAAACGAAUUGUUUAUAGUUUUGUUUCUAGAUUGCAAUUGUAACAGUAAUAGAAUAGAUUUUAACCCGAGAACGAUAAUAUAAUAGAUUAAUUAGGGUUUGUUUAGCCCUUCAUCUUCGAUUAAUUGAUCUCGCGUUUCACCAGGUUAACUUAACGAGCCUGAGCAAUGGCUAAGAUAAUUCUUGGAUCUCACACGGUGAUGAGUCAUGGGUGGACGGUGGCUCGAGAACAUCUACGUGACUGGCUCAUCCUCGUCAUCCUCGGUCUCAUUGACAUCGCUCUCAACGUUAUCGAACCAUUUCAUCGCUACAUCGGACCAGACAUGUUGACUGAUCUCACUUUCCCAUUCUUUCAAGACACCAUCCCUAUGUGGGCAGUCCCGAUUGUUUGUAUAUUGGUUCCUAUAUGCAUCUUCACCAUCUACUAUUACUUCCGGAGAGAUGUCUAUGAUCUUCAUCACGCCAUUCUCGGUCUUGCAUUCUCGUGUCUUGUGACUGCAGUCACCACUGAUUCCAUCAAAGAUGCUGUUGGUAGGCCACGACCUAACUUCUUUUACCGAUGUUUUCCUGAUGGUAAACCGAAAUUUGACCCGGAUACUAAGGAUGUUGUUUGCCAUGGAGUUAAAAAGAUAAUCAAAGAAGGUUACAAGAGUUUUCCUAGUGGUCACACUUCAUGGUCAUUCGCCGGUUUAGCUUUCCUUGCGUGGUACUUAUCGGGGAAAAUCAAAGUAUUUGACAGACAGGGACACGUGGCAAAGCUAUGUCUAGUGUUCUUACCGAUACUCCUCGCAAUCCUUAUCGGAAUAUCACGCGUGGACGACUAUUGGCACCAUUGGACCGACGUCUUCGCCGGAGCUAUCAUCGGACUAUUCGUCGCUUCUUUCUCUUACCUCCACUUUUUUCCUUAUCCAUACGACGACAAUGGAUGGGCCCCACAUGCGUAUUUUAGAAUGUUGGCCGAGAGGAGUGGUCGAGCCACGACGAUGACUCGAAGCGGUUCUCGAGGGAUGGUGGACAACGACGUCGAGCCUGGCUCCACCUUCUCACCGCAAGAACGUAACCGAGAAAGCACUGAUUCUGAAUAUUAAAAUUUCUUACGCAUAUAUAUAUAUAUAUUUAUUUAUCGGUGUAAUUUUAAUCAUAUGAUUACGUUUCACUUACUGAUAGUUUGUUCCCUUCAAUUAAGAUGUAUACAUGUUUCCCCAAUGUAUAAUUGUUGUUAACCAUGUUUAAGAAGAUUUAGUUUGGUUAAAA